AAAGCAAAUGAUGUACCUGCCUGCAACACCUCGUGGCUGCCUGCUCUCCCAACUUAGCUCUCCUGGUGCGAUGGAGGACACGUCAAGCCAGAAGCCAGAACGAAGCAAAGAUGUACUGAGCUCCCUAACAUCAGAAGAGAGUCCUGCCAAUUUUAUACAUGUCAAAUUGGAGGAGUAUGACCUCCAUCCUGGGGGUUGUCACCUUUGUCAACCUUCAGGGGGGUCUGAGGAAGUUCCAUGACACCCCCCACAUGUGGCAGCUCAGCAAGUUGGACACAGUGGUGUGGUGGACAACCAUGCUGUCCUCCACGCUGAACACCACAGAGAUUGGGCUCCUCGUGGGUUUCUGCUUCGCUUUGCUCUGCAUCAUCUUCCGCACGCAGAGACCCAGGGCCACUCUCCUGGGCAAGGUCAGCAACACAGAAAUCUACGAGGGCCAGUCCACUUACGAGCAGCUCAGCAGUACUGCCAACAUCAAAAUCUUCCGCUUCGAGUCAUCCCUCUACUGUGCUAACAAGGACUAUUUCAAGACUGUUCUCUACCAGAAAACUGGGGUAAAUCCUAUAUUGCUGGCUGCUAAUCACCGAAGGGUGGAGGCCCAGGCAAAUGCAGACACACGCAAUGGCAGGAGCUUUUUCAACACCAGGUUUGACUGCCUGAAACCUGCCAAGAAAAGGACUGAGAAGCCUCCGGCAGAUGCCUGUCCUCCUUCCGCAGAUAUGCACACCUUAAUCCUUGACUGCGGGGCGAUGCAGUUUAUAGAUACUGUGGGUCUCUCUGUGCUAAAGAAGAUACAGCAUGACUACAAGGAGAUUGAUGUCCAGGUGCUCCUGGCCAGCUGCAACCCUCCCAUCCACCACUGGCUCCGGGAGGGAGACUGGGCUGGAGAGACAACAGACAGUGGUGGUCAGCUGGCUUUCCACAGUGUCCACGAUGCAGUGCACUUUGCUGAACGAUGGUACCAUGUGCAGCAGGAGGAGAACAAGGAGAAAAAGGGUGCUCUUCUGGACCCUGCAGGCCUGAAUUUCCAGCUGUCUUUGUAGACCUGUGUGUAAGGAAUGAUUUCUAAUGGGGAUGGGCUCGGUAUGUACUUGAGAGCAGUUUUAGUCUUUGUGCGGUCAGAGCAUUCAAAAGAGAUUUUGAUGAACUGUCAGCAGCAGG